AGACAUCAUUAGGAGGGGAGACGCUUUACGCCGUCACCGCCGGAGCAGAGCAGGGGAGCCCUGGCAACAAGGACAGACACAAAAACUCAGCAGCCCGUUACACCCAACAGGAAUGGUCACAGCACCUGCAGACAGACAGACGUGGACAGACGGCGCAGACAUUCAGGACGCUUCCCUCCCAUUGGUGGAGAGAUACAGACUUCACACCAGGAAUUUCAGCUCCAGUCAGGUUUCAGCUCUCAACUGAGCAGCAGACUCCCAACUACUCCGCCCAAGUGGCUCUGCCUCCUCUGCUCAGGGAGUGCUGAGUCCCUGAGUCAACACACUGCAUUCUGGGAUAGUCUGGAACCCUCUCCAUGGGCUGUACCACCUGCUGACAAACCAGGGGGGUCUGGAGGAGUUGUGUUGAAUGAGGUUUGUGCUGCGUGUGGGGAGGCUUGGGUUUGCAGGGAAAUGAUUCCGCAUGAAGUGCGACGCACUCGGCCCCCCGUCGUCCUCGGCGGCAGCAGCAGGUGUGACGUCGUGACACUCUCCCCUACCACACUGAGCUCACCCUUCAGACGCUAAAGACCCCUGGACCGAACACACCACCCUACCCCUUCCCUCCAACCACCUCUCCAUAUCUUCAUCUCCAAUCUUUAAUCCUUCCACACCUGUUCCUUAGGGCCUGGAUUUUCUUUAUCAAGAAGAGACCUGAUAAUCAACGGCCUUGGGUGAACUGGAUAGAGAGAGAAAGAGAGACAAGAUUAGGAAGGUUAAUUUAUAGCUAAUUAAAGUGAAAUAAAGGACAGAACAUCAAAUGUGAGGAAAAGAGGAAAGGAGAGUGAAAUAGAAAGUCAGAGAGAGGGGGAGCAAAAAGGAAAGAAAAAACCAGAGAAGUCCAAAAUUUGAGGAAAGAUAACACAAGUACAGUUGAGGGACGUGAGGUGAAAUCAUGAAGUCCAACCAGGAACGCAGUAAUGAAUGUCUUCCCCCAAAGAAGAGGGAGAUCCCCUCAAGCACAUUACCAUCUGAAAAUCGUUCAAUUACCAUGCCACCUGCCAGUGACAGCCAGCGCACAGAGAACAUGACCUGGCUUGCCAGUGUGGCUGGUGGGAAUGAGAGCAGUGUGGGUGGGCACCGUAGCUCCAGUCAGUUUGAUGGACCCCAGUAUAAAUCCCUCUCCUCCACCUCAGACUCUUCAUCCUCCUCUUCCUCACUGAGACUAGUCUCAUCUCUUCCUACAGUUUAUACAUCCCCCUUGUCACAGUCCACAGUUGGAGGAACUGUCCAUUACACCCAGCUGCCCCCCAAUCUACAGUUUAUAGCCUCACCCUACACUGCCCCAUACACAGGCUACAUCUCCCCUCAACUGCUUCCACCUCCUCCUCCACCUCCCCCCCUCUCAUCCUCUUCCUCCUCCUUGGCCGCACAGAGAUCCUCACACACAGAGACAGCCUCUGCUCCUUCGCAGGCCUCCAAACAUGACCAGCAGCGAGCAUCAGCAGGGCGGACUUCCAUGCCUCCGCCUCCUACAGACCCUGCCCCUCAUCAUGUUCAGAUGUCAACUUCCCCACGGACUGUUCCAUCGCCUCAUCACCAAGGAGGUAUUCACCUUCCUCCCCAGUCACUGCACCCCCACCAUACUUUGGGACAUGGAAUGCCCCAGGUUGUUGUGCAGUAUACAGACGGACCUACCAGGAAAGAGGAACUUGGCAUCAGAUCCAGAGAGCUCCACAAUGGAGAGUUGGAAAGGGGCCGACGGUAUGGAGCAUCCCCUGAGUCCAGCCUCUCCAAGUCAGGGAGCAAAUCACGGGAUGCCACUUCUUCCUUUUCCUCCUAUGAGGCCCGCCAGCUGGUUCUGCCAUCAGACUACUCUACUCAUGAUCCCUCAGGGCUGAGAACCUCUAUCAUGCUAAUGCCUAACAGCCAUGGGGACCACCAGCUGGUACCACCCAGAGCUAGCCCUGAGAAGCUGACAACCUCUGCCCCCACACACCUCGAAAAAGGUGGCAUCGUCCUGGGCAAGCCUGUCAACCGCACACCCUCCUCCUCCAACACCACCUCCUCGUUCACGUUUCCACCCCCAUUAAGUGUAGACAGUCUGAAAGCUGCUGUCAGCACACUGUCACCCCAGACCGUUAUCCAAACCACCCACAGUGCUACAGAGUCACUGUCAAUGGGGCUCCCCUCCACUAGUAUCUACCCUCAGCCACCUAUCAUUGGUUACAUCGCAGGGGGCAGUGGAAGCCAGCAUACGCCAAUCAGCUACCACACCAGCCUACAACAACACUUACUCAUUCCUGGUACCCAACCAGUUAUUAUCCCUGUUAGUGGAGGUGGAGUGACCACAUUGGAACCUGUAACCCCCCACGUGACAUCAUCUACCCAAGCCGCACCUUUUCCUACCACACUCCCACACACGUACAUUGCUUCCACUGCUCCCAAAGGAGAAACUCUGGAAGCCUCCAGUGGCUCGUACCACCAGGCCGCUUCAGGCGCAGUGGUCCAAGCCCAGCUUCAUCUCCCCAUUGUUCCCGCGCCGCCGGGGCUGGUCGCUCCUUCUGCUCCGCCUCCUCCGUCCAAUACGGUGGUGCCUCCCUCACUCCCCCCAUAUUUCAUCAAGGGCUCCAUCAUCCAGCUGGCCGACGGGGAGCUGAAACGUGUGGAGGACCUGAAGACAGAGGACUUCAUCCAGAGUGCCGAGAUCAGCAGUGAGCUGAAGAUCGACUCGUCCACGGUGGAGCGCAUCGAAGGGAGCCACACCUCACCCAACUUUGCUGUGGUUCAGUUCUCUGUCGGUGAGCACCGUGCACAGGUGAGUGUGGAGGUCUUGGUGGAGUAUCCCUUCUUCGUCUUUGGCCAAGGCUGGUCUUCAUGCUGCCCGGACCGGACCACCCAGCUUCUGGAGCUGCCUUGCACCAAGCUUUCUGUGGGUGAUGUUUGUAUUUCACUCACCCUCAAGAACCUGAGGAACGGAUCACUGAAGAAGACUCAGCCCCUGGAGCUGGCCACCCCUGCUUCUGUCCCAGCCUCCAGCCACGGGCACCUAAAGCCCCCCAGAGCUGUCUCAGACGCUCCCCAAAGCUGCAGUGGAGCAGGUUCCAGGCACGGCGAGCGAGAGAAUGGCAUCAGCCAGCGGGGGAGUGGUGGGAAUGGUAAUGGGAGAGGACGGGGCACCAAUGUGGAAAAUGGGGAUCUUAUGUUUGGGGAAAGAGGGUCAGUUUCUAAAGGUCAGGUCACCAGCAGCGCAGAAGCCGUCUCCAGUAAGCCAUCAAGUGGUAGGAAGCGGAGGUGGUCUGCCCCUGAAGGUCGAAAAGUAGAAAAAUCAGAAGAGGAGCCUCCUUUGACCCUGCCCAAACCUUCCUUCAUCCCUCAUGAGGUGAAAGUCAGUAUUGAGGGAAGGUCAAAUAUUGGCAAGUGAAGGCUAUCAGCACUGUUAAUAAACCUUGAGAUUUGGAGAAAAAAAAAACAUAAAAAGAUUCUACAAAGAAAAAAAACAUGAAUGCCCACAUUAAUGUUUCAUUUGUAUUGGUUUUUAAGUUUUGUUUUCUGUUUUUAUUUUUCUAUCUUGAAUACUGUACUGUAGAGGUAAACUUACCCUACAUGGUAUCACCUUACAUUAAGUCCAUGUAGUUUAUAACACAUUUUUAUAGGUGGAUUUGAUAUCACACAAGCAAUCGGUGCCGUUUUGGUUGUUUUCAUGAGAUGACUUAUGGUGAGGGAUUUGUGAAGUGUGCUAUGUGUUUAUCGGUGGCUGUGUGGCACACCGGAGCAAUGCCCGAUGACUCUGCUUGGCUGGCUGCACUUGACACAUUAUGUAAAUUUCAAAUUGAAUCAGUGCAGAGUCAGCUCCUUGACAGUGAUUUCACUCUCUGUGCACUGCUACUGAGGCUGCCCGGACCAUCUCUUGCCAUGCCAGCGUUUUACACCGGGCCACAGGAGUGAUAUAAUGUCAGCUGAUCCCGAUCAUUAAGAAUUUUUUGGAUAAAUCAUUAAAUUUUUCAUUCGCUAAAUCAGAGCGUGAGUUGGGAGAAUGCCCCCCUCCAUGUCUUUAGUGUAAGUGUGUCAUGUGUUAUUCAUAGUGUCAUCAGGGUGUGCCAGACCAGAUCUUUGAUGUCAUCAAGUAGUGCCAGUGUGCCACACAACAGAGAGGGAACAACACUUACUC